AUGGCCGCCAAAGGCGGAGCUCGGAGGCUCAAGGUGCCGCCCACGGACCUGGGGCACUUGGAGGACCUGCUGGCCGACGUUGUGAAAAAGGAAGGCGACUUCAACUUUCGGUCCUACCGUUCCGUUCUGCGAACCCAGGCCAGAGCACGGGAGCAUGCAGUCCAUGCGGUGGUCGGCUCGGACUUGGCAGUUUUGACGACCUUCAUCGAGAAACUGAUGCUGGCACAGCCGAUGUUGCUCUUCAAGUAUCAGGAUCUGAAGUGUGUCUACCAGAAGCUCGUGAUGACCUUUCCGUGCCUUAAGGAGAACUACGCCGGGUAUGACAGCUGUUCAAUCGCGAAGAAGCUGGCUGAGCAAACGAUGACAUUGGCCUGCCAUGCGAGAAGGCUGCGAGACCCGCAGAGGUUCAAGGAGUGCUGCAAGGGCCUGUGUGACUGGCAGAUAAUGAAGCUUCAGAACUUGCGAGAAGAGCUGCAACGGCUCCACGAGGACUACGAGGACGAGCAAGAGGAGCUGGACAAGGGCAGGAUCAAGAAGUGCGAGGACAAGGCCAAGGGCGGUGCUGUCGCCAAGCAGGCGCCCAGCAUCCUGAAGAAGCCAAGCAGCAAGACCAAGGAGUUCGAGACCUUCCUUGACAGCUUGGAGUUGCCAGCCACCCAGGACAGCUGCGAUGAGAGCAUGAGUUGCCCAAAGACCCCGCCGGCCUCGAAGAUCCUCAAGGCAGCCGAAGAGACUUCGCCGGUGCCAAGUCGAAAGAAGACCUUGAAAGAUCUGAUUGGGAAAUCAAAAGAGAACAAAAGGGUGGCGGUGCGGAUCCGGGGAGGUCGCCAACUUUUUCAAGUCUCGGGGGGUGACUUGGAAUCCAACAGUCGUCGUGCCGGAGCCCUUAUGAAAUGCUUCCAGCAGGGAAAGUCGCUGGCCGAAGUGCUGGAGCGAAGGGACAAGCUGCAUUCCAAGGCGAAGUCAUCGAUGGUCCAGAUCUAG